CUCAAACAAACCUGUAGCUGUUUAUUGUUGACUAUGGUUACAGGGAUUUCUCUGUUUUCUUCGCGUUAAAACACGGAUAUCCGUGAAUGAGACCGUCAACCAAAACGGUUCAACGUUACAUCAAAGUACAACCACGCCAACUGGAUACCGAGAAGAUACUUUAAAGCAGCGAGUUAGCGUCACCUUAAGUUAGCCGAUGCUAACGUUACCAAUGAGCACUAGCCGACUGAUAAGUUCUACAAAGAGCAGAGGCGAAGCUUCAAGGAGCAUGGACCACCCGGCCUUCAGAGCCAGCAAGGUCCUGGCCGAGAGGAACCAUGCGGUGGUGGCGGUGGGAGCCUGGGUGGAGGGCGGACAAGACUUCCUGGAGCACCCCUCCGCUCUUGCUUUGCUAACUGAGGAGAUCCAGGCAGAGCGGAGGAGGGAGAAUGAAGAAAGCCUGCGACGAUUUCAAGAUGAAGUCUGCCAUCGUGUGGCGCGGCAAGCUCAAGUCAGCAAGAAGAGACAGCAGCCAAUGGUGAAGCCUGACAGGAGACUCCCAGGACAGCAGCAUCGGGUCUGGUCCCACCACGUGUCUGCUGGUGAGAAGCCGAUGUCUGCGGGACAACAGAGAGUGAUGGAGAGGGGCUUUCAGGAGUCGAGUGAAGACACGAGGCGGGUCCGACUCAGACUGGCUGCCUGUCGGAUGAUCCCUGAUGAGGAAGCGGCGUCAGAGCUUCCUGGAGGCCGAUGGAACGUCUCUCCAAGCAGACGUCAGACAGUUGAAUCUCACGUGUUGAGGGCAGAGCAAGAGGAGGAAGAAGAAGAAGAAGAAGAGGAAGAGGAUCAUCUCCCCCGCAGUCAACAUGAAUGUCCCCUCGUCCAGCAGAAGGUGAGUGGACCUGUGUCGUGGGAUUCUGACCAAUCGCAGCCUGAUCCUGGUUUCCAGUCCAGCGGCAGAGUCCCGCGAGUCCUGUGGCCUCUGACUGGCCCAGAAGAGCUGAAACGACAGCGUCAGUCUCAGUUCCUGAAGCACCGCCGCCUGUACAUGAACAUCGAGAGGGAGCGAGUGAAGGAGAACAAGCAGCACAGGAAACACCUGAAGAGGACGGCCAGCAUCAAAGCAGAGAAAGAGCAGAUCCGUCUGGAGGAGGAGAGGAAGUUGGAGAAGGUUCGGCUGCUCGCGGAGGCCCGACAGAAGCUGGAGGAGAGAGAGCUGCUGAUCCUGGAGCGACUGAAACUUGACGAGGAGGAGAGAGCUGCGGAGCUGCAGAGGAGGAAGAAGGAGGAGAAAGGAAAAGUAGCUGCGAGGUUCAUCGAGGCUCUGAGGGCCCAGAUGAAGGAGCGACUGUCUCAGGAGAAGCUGGAGCCCCCCCCUCUCUGCUGCUGCGCCUCCUCUUUCUGGGACUCCCACCCCGACACCUGCGCUAACAACUGCGUCUUCCACAACAAUCCCAAAGCGUACGCCAGGGCGCUGCACGCAACGCUGCUGAGUCUGGAGUCGCAGUGAAGGAAGCUGAAGAGCUGCGCAGGGCUUGGUCCGGUAGAAACAGGCUCCUCGCUGCCCGAUUAAAGGAACAGUCCAACAUUUUGGGAAACAGUGUAAGUCAGACCAGAAGCAGAAAUAUCUCCUCAAACAUCAGAUGGAUCACUGUGACUCUGUUCAGGCGGAUCUGAAGUGAUCCUUUAAACUGUGAAGCAUUUCUACAUGUGACCACAGGAAUAAUGAGAAAUAUCUCGUUAAUAUGAUUGCAUCAACUGAUGAUAUCUACAGUUAUAAUUCUGCUGUUUCACGUCGUCACACGUGACGUCGUUUCGUGCGGCAGCGUCUGCUUUGUGUUGCAGUUAAAGGAUAAAACACGAGCCGAUGAUAGAUUUACUUUCGUUGUACGGGAGGCUGUGAUGCCGUGUGAUCUCCGGCAUGAACGGCAGAGCACAGCUGAUGUGUGUCGAGGUGUGUGUGGUGGUUUUGUGAUUUAAUGAAGGACGGCUGGUGCCUUCUGAUUCAUCAACACGUCUGUCUGCUGCCUUCAGCUGCAGGGAUCUGAUGAUCUGAAGGAGAAGCUUUUCAAACAGUGUGAAUCUGUCUGAGUCACUCAUACAUCUGCUUCAUCCACAUUAAAUAUUAGCUUGUGAUGCUUCUACUGGCUGGUGAGGGUUUAAUUCAGGUUGUUUCUGUGUUUAUUGCGUUGUUGCUUUGAGUAUUUUGUCUGCUGCUGUUGAUCAAACCAUCAGAUUAGCAGCAGUUUGCACCAGAAAGUCUGAGUCUGAGCUCAGAACAAAGUCUGCGUUUAGUUUAUUAAAUAUAUUUAAGACUUUAUUUAUUGAUGAUUAAGACAUUUGCAUCCUCUACGUGCAAUCAGUGAAGUCAUUUUGCAUUGUUAGUAAAGCAUCAGGGACGUCAGUGUGUGAGUCUGAAUGUGCUUUUGAGGAUUUGCUGUUUGUUGUGUUGGAUUUUAAAAAACUUCAGGUCUGUUUAAAAAAAAUAA